AUGCCUGUCUCGCUCUCUCUUGCGGUGCCAGUCCAGGGGUCACGGCCAGGGAAGAAUGUGCAGCUGACGGAGAACGAGAUCCGAGGGCUGUGCCUUAAAUCACGGGAGAUCUUCCUCAGCCAGCCCAUCCUGCUGGAGCUGGAGGCGCCCCUCAAGAUCUGUGGGGACAUCCACGGGCAGUACUAUGACCUGCUGCGGCUCUUCGAGUACGGGGGCUUCCCCCCCGAGAGCAACUACUUGUUCCUGGGGGACUAUGUGGACCGAGGCAAGCAGUCGCUGGAGACCAUCUGCCUCCUGCUUGCGUACAAGAUCAAGUACCCCGAGAACUUCUUCCUGCUGCGUGGCAACCACGAGUGUGCCAGCAUCAACCGCAUCUACGGCUUCUAUGAUGAGUGCAAGCGGCGGUACAACAUCAAGCUCUGGAAGACCUUCACCGACUGUUUCAACUGCUUGCCCAUUGCUGCCAUCGUGGACGAGAAGAUCUUCUGUUGCCAUGGAGGGCUGUCCCCCGACCUGCAGUCCAUGGAGCAGAUCCGGCGGAUCAUGCGUCCCACGGACGUGCCGGACCAGGGCCUGCUCUGCGACCUGCUCUGGUCUGACCCUGACAAGGAUGUGCAGGGCUGGGGUGAGAACGACCGCGGCGUCUCCUUCACCUUCGGGGCAGAGGUGGUGGCGAAAUUCUUGCACAAGCACGACCUGGACCUCAUCUGCAGGGCACACCAGGUGGUGGAGGAUGGCUACGAGUUUUUCGCCAAGCGCCAGUGGGCUGGGGCCCUCAACGCCCAUGGGGUUGGGGGCAGGAGGGAAGGGCGGGAGGGUCCCCGGUUUCUGCAGGGCUGGG